AACCCGAAUGAAAUCGGGUUUAUUUUUACCCGGGGAGGAGCAAACCGUCUCGUAUGGUUGGGAAUUUCCUAGAGCACCUGGAAGCUUUCUUCCAUUGAUUUGGAUCCCAAAACUCAGCCAUUCAAAACCCUAAUCGAUCUUGGUCACUCUCGUAGGACACACACAGAGAGUAGUAGGAUAUUAUGGCUGGUAAGCAAACUCCAAGAUUAAAAUCCCCAAUCCUAUUAUGGUUCACAGUUGCUCUCCUUGCUCUCUCCCUCAUUUUCUUCCUCAUCUCCUUCCAUAGUCCCAGUCAGUUUCCUGACCCCAAAAAUUCAAUCACAAAGCUCAAUUACCUGCCCGAGACCUCCUUUGUCACCUCGCUUGACCAUUUCCUUCUAACCCACAAGCCCAAUCCACUUCCUCAGGAGACCAAAUUAAGUGUGAAUGAGCUUGACGACCUGAUUUGGAAGAGUGAAAACCAUAGGCUGUACGAGGAUCCCUAUUACCCUAUCACCAUGCCCAUUAGGGUUUAUGUCUAUGAGAUGCCGAGCAAGUUUACGUAUGAUCUUCUAUGGCUGUUCAGAAAGACCUAUAGACAGACCUCCAAUCUCACCUCUAAUGGAAGCCCUGUGCACCGACUCAUCGAGCAGCAUUCAAUUGAUUAUUGGCUUUGGGCGGAUCUGAUAGCUCCAGAAUCACAAAGGCUUUUGAAAAGUGUUGUGAGAGUUCAUCGGCAGGAGGAGGCAGACCUCUUCUACAUUCCUUUCUUCACCACCAUCAGCUUCUUCUUGUUGGAGAAACAGCAAUGCAAGGCACUUUACAGGGAAGUUCUGAAGUGGGUCACAGAUCAGCCUGCAUGGAAGCGAUCUGAAGGAAGGGAUCACAUACUUCCUGUUCAUCAUCCUUGGUCUUUCAAGUCUGUUCGAAAAUUUAUGAAGAAUGCAAUCUGGCUGCUACCUGAUAUGGACUCUACAGGGAACUGGUACAAGCCUGGACAAGUUUUCCUGGAGAAAGAUCUAAUUCUUCCCUACGUUCCCAAUGUUGAUCUAUGUGAUGCCAAGUGCUUAUCAGAAAGUGAGUUGAAACGAACCACUAUUCUUUUCUUCCGUGGGCGACUUAAAAGAAAUGCCGGAGGGAAGAUACGUGCAAAACUAGGAAUGGAACUAAGUGGUGCUGAGGGUGUAGUUAUAGAGGAAGGAUCAGCUGGAGAUGGAGGAAAAGCAGCAGCUCAGAAUGGAAUGCGCAAGUCUCUCUUUUGCUUAAGUCCAGCUGGUGACACUCCAUCAUCUGCUCGAUUGUUUGAUGCUGUAGUUAGUGGAUGCAUACCAGUAAUAGUAAGCGAUGAGUUGGAGCUUCCUUUUGAGGGAAUUUUGGACUAUAGGAAGAUAGCUUUAUUUGUUUCAUCCAGUGAUGCUGUACAACCAGGAUGGCUUUUAAAUUAUCUGAAAAGUAUUAGCCGUGCUCAAAUUAGAGAAAUGCAACAGAAUCUUGCGAAGUACUCGAAGCACUUUAUAUACUCCAGUCCGGCUCAACCAUUGGGUCCCGAAGAUUUGGUUUGGAGAAUGAUGGCGGGUAAGCUUGUGAAUAUAAAGCUUCAUGCUCGGAGGUCACAGCGAGUGGUUAAAGAGUCCAGACGCAUCUGUACUUGUGAUUGCAAGCCUUCUAACUUGACAACCACUUCCAAUCCCUUAUAAUAAUCCAUUCAUUGGUUUUUGAUGUAUUUUCAUUUUGGCUUGUUAUAUUCUUUGGUUGUAGAUUCUGUUUCUUAGAACUCGUUUUUUAAUGGAUUCCCAGAAAUAUGUGAUUUUAUUUUUAUUUGUAUUAAUCUUUUGUAAUCUGAAAAACGUUUUCCACAAUCAUUGAUAAUGAGUUUUCUUCUGGCCAUGACUAUUGGCCUUUCAA